AUGUCGACUCCUGGUGCCCAAGAAGUUCUUUUCCGUACCGGAAUCGCUGCGGUUAACUCCACCAGCCAUCUCCGUGUCUACUUUCAGGACUCUCACGGUAGUAUUCGCGAGAGCCUUUAUGAGAGUGGAUGGGCCAAUGGUACAUCGAAGAAUGUUAUCGCUAAGGCAAAGCUCGGUACCCCCCUGGCUGCGACAUCCAAGGAGCUGAAUAAUAUUCGUGUUUACAGUCUGACUGAGGACAAUAUCCUCCAGGAAGCUGCCUAUGAUAGCGGCAGCGGAUGGUACAGUGGUGGGCUGGCUGGUGCCAAGUUCACCGUUGCCCCUUACUCUCGAAUCGGAGCCGUUUUUCUGGCAGGAACGAAUGCUCUGCAUUUGCGGGUCUAUGCCCAGAAGAAUGAUAACACAAUCCAAGAGUAUAUGUGGAAUGGGGACGGCUGGAAGGAAGGCACCAACCUUGGAGUUGCGCUUCCUGGCACUGGUAUCGGAGUUACUUGCUGGCGCUACACCGAUUACGAGGGUCCAAGCAUUAGGAUCUGGUUCCAAACCGACGAUUUGAAGCUUGUCCAGCGCGCAUAUGACCCUCACACCGGAUGGUACAAGGAACUGACUACCAUCUUUGACAAGGCACCUCCUCGCUGUGCAAUCGCAGCCACCAACUUUGAUCCCGGCAAAAGUAGUAUUCACAUGCGGAUCUAUUUUGUCAACUCUGACAACACGAUCUGGCAAGUGUGUUGGGAUCACGGCCAAGGCUAUCACAACAAGGGAACCAUUACACCAGUCAUUCAAGGCUCGGAAAUCGCGAUAAUUAGCUGGGAAGGGCCUGAGCUGCGUAUGUACUUUCAAAAUGGCACAUAUGUCAGUGCCAUUAGCGAGUGGACAUGGGGCAGAGCACAGGGAUCACAGCUGGGUCGCCGGGCUCUCCCUCCGGCUGAGUAG